AUGGUUCAAUACAAAUUGCUGUACAUACCAGGACGCGGUCUUGCUGAAAUUAUUCGUCAGUUGUUCGUCGUUGCCGGUAAAGACUUUGAAGAUAAGCGAAUAACUUUCGAGGAGUGGCCCAAGUACAAAGAAGAGUACGAGGAUGUUAGGUGGCACUGCAGUUUGUAG